GUACCGCAACGUCCUGCCCGCGCGGUCUUCGUCUCCUCUCGGCGUCUAGGAGCUCUCUGGUGGUCCGUGCGCAGCUAUGGCUCAGCACUUCUCCCUGGCCGCCUGCGACGUGGUCGGCUUCGACCUGGACCAUACUCUGUGUCGCUACAACCUGCCUGAGAGCGCCCGGCUCAUUUAUAAUAGCUUUGCUCAGUUCCUGGUCAAGGAGAAAGGGUAUGACAAGGAAUUGCUCACUGUGACUCCAGAGGACUGGGAUUUCUGUUGCAAGGGCUUGGCAUUGGAUCUGGAAGACGGGAACUUCAUUAAACUUGCAGAUAAUGGCACCGUGCUCAGGGCAAGCCACGGCACAAAGAUGCUGGCUCCAGAGGUGCUGGCGGAGGAGUAUGGCAGGAAGGAGUGGAAGCACUUCACGCCAGACUCGGGAAUGGCCUGCCGGUCAGGAAAAUACUAUUUUUAUGAUAACUACUUUGACCUGCCUGGAGCUCUUCUGUGUGCCAGAGUGGUGGACUCUUUAACAAAGCAGAACAAUGGUCAAAAACCAUUUGAUUUUUGGAAGGACAUAGUUGCUGGUAUACAACAUAAUUAUAAAAUGUCAGCUUUUAAAGAAAACUGUGGAAUAUAUUUUCCAGAAAUAAAAAGAGAUCCAGGCAGGUAUUUACACACUUGUCCGCAAUCUGUUAAAAAGUGGCUUCGACAGCUAAAAAAUGCUGGGAAAAUUCUUAUGUUAAUUACCAGUUCUCACAGUGAUUACUGUAGACUCCUCUGUGAAUAUAUCCUUGGGAAUGAUUUUGAAUAUCUUUUUGACAUUGUGAUUACAAAUGCAUUGAAGCCUGGUUUCUUCUCCCAUUUACCAAGUCAGAGGCCUUUCCGGACACUUGAGAAUGACGAGGAACAAGAGGCCCUGCCAUCUCUGGAUAAACCUGGCUGGUACUCCCAAGGGAAUGCGGUCCAUCUUUAUGAACUUCUGAAGAAAAUGACUGGCAAACCUGAACCCAAGGUUGUUUACUUUGGUGACAGCAUGCAUUCAGAUAUUUUCCCAGCCUGUCAUUAUAGUAAUUGGGAGACAGUCCUCAUCCUGGAAGAGCUCAGAGGGGACAGAGACGGGAAGCCUGAGGACUCAGAGCCUCUAGAGAAGAAAGGAAAAUAUGAGGGACUGAAGGCAAAGCCUCUAAAUAGAUUAUCUAAAAAAUGGGGCUCUUUUUUUAUUGAUUCAGUUUCCGGACUGGAAAAUACAGAAGAUUCCUUGAUUUAUACAUGGUCUUGUAAGAGAAUCAGCACUUACAGCACUAUUGCAAUUCCAAGUAUUGAAGCAAUAGCAGAAUUACCCCUGGACUACAAAUUUACAAGUUUCUCUUCAAACAAUUCAAAAACAGCAGGCUAUUAUCCAAACCCUCCAUUGGUCUUAUCAAAUGAUGGGAAACUGACAACCAAAUAAACUAUGUUUACUGAAAAAUGAAGUGAAGAAACUAUAUGUACAGCAAAUGUACUGUAAAAAUGUUAAUUUUCAAAAACUACUGUAAAAUGCUUUAUAGAAACAAAUUCUUAAUGAAGUGACCAAGAAAUUGGUAUGUUUUUCCAUAGGUCUCCUUUCUAUAGAGAUCAUCUUGAUACCCAACAACUCUCAUUAUGUUAAAAUCUCAAUAUCUUAGAACUGAAAAGAAUCUUACUAAUAUUUUCUAUACUAGCAGUUCUGAGAUUAGAAUCACCUGGGGAUAUACAUACAUACACAUGCAUAUUUACACAUUUGCCUAGACCAGUGGUUCUCAAAGUGUGUUCCCCAAACCACUAGUGUAGCAGCACCUGCAAACUUGAUAGAAAUGCAAAUUUACAGGCCCCAUCCCAGACAUACAGAAUCAGAAACUCUGGGAAUGGGACCCAGCAAUCUGUGCUUCAUUACAGUGUGGUUCACACUAAAGUUCAAGAACCAUUGACUAGACCAUAACCUCCAGACAUUGGUUUAAUUGGUCUGGGGAUACAGAUGAGCAUUGAUGUCUUUAAUAUGCCCCAGGAAAAUGCAGCCAGAAUUGAGAACAACUGAUCUACACCUGUUGUUUCAACUUAAAGUUCAGAACACCAAGUCUAGUAAGAUUAAAUUAUUUUAACUAUGCUAUUUUUGUGGUUACCAAAGCAAGGAAGUAGACAUGAUGUCUUCUGAGACUACACAGCCAUAAUGGGACAGGGAUGAUAGAGAAGCCAACUAUUUCAGCCUCCAAUGUUACCCAUUAGGGUUUUUUUCCUCCCUAAUAAUGUUAAAGGCUGUUUACUUCACUCUAAGGCUUGUAUUCUCAGUGGGGCAAAAAUCGGUUCUUGGGGUGAAAAAAAUCUUAGUAUAACGCAAUGGAUAAUGGUCCUCCAUAUCUCAACCCUACUCAAUAAAAUCUUAUUCCUUAGUAUUAAUUUCUCUCAUUAGGGAGAAAUGUAAUUUAAAGUUAAAUUUAUUAAAUAUUUUUCUCCUAGGGUGGGGGGGGGUGAUAAUGAAAAGAGAGGUUGAGAAAAAUUGCUUUAAGAGGUUUUAUAGUUAUACUACAAUCCAGGAUUAUUGUGUUCGAUGUGCUAAUGUAUAGUCAUAUUAGUAGCUGUUUGCUGCAAGAUGUUUGGACCCAGAUAAUGUUUACAAUAUAAAUUCUUGGCUACUCUUUAUGCUGUAAUUUUACCCUGUCCAUCAUGGACAUAUCAGAAAACACUGGUCACCAUCAUUUUACUUGGAUUGUAGCAGAGAAUUUAACGUAUUGAUGGAUGCAAUGAAGUUAAGUAUUUUGUUAAAUUUUUAAGUGCUCAGAUAAUCCCAAAUAUAUUGUGGGGAUGAGUAUCUCAGGGUAGGUAAACAGUUACUGAUUUUUUUUCCUCAAAGUCAGUAGCUUUCUUCAAUAUCUACUAAUAAAUGUGAUUGUCUUUGAAAUUGAGUUCCAAAAUCUUAUUGGAAUAAAGAGCAUACAUAAUCAAGCUUAGGGCUUAAGUGAAAGAUGCUGUUUCAUGUAAACUUUCAGUAGACAUUUGAUUUCUUUUAAAAAUAAAGCUCUUUUUCCUUAUGCAUGUUUAUUUUGUCAAUGGCAAAGAAUAAUACAUCUUUAAAUGCUUAUAAACUGCUCUUGUUAAUAUGAAAAAUGCGAACUCCAAGGUAAGAAGUUAAUUGCAUUUUUUUGGCCACUGAAGAGUCAAAAAAAUUCACUCAAGUCAGAAGUUCUAGUCCUACUUUUACCAGCAGCUACCAAAGAAAUCGGAACAAGUUACCACCUAAUCUGACCUUAGUUUUUUCCAUCUUGUGAAAAAGAUGGUUAAGAGUUUAUAUCCAAGUUUCCUCCCACUUUUCUAGCAGAGUCAGUCAGUGCUUCUGUUGGACUGUAAUU